AUGACGGCUAAAAUCGAGGAGAUAUACGCCCAUGAACGGCAAAAGCGCAUGCACCCUGAGGGGAACGCCCAGUACAUUGACGUGCAUUCCCCCGACUUACAAGACCUCGGCAAAGAUCUAUGGAUCGACUACGAGGCUUUGGCUAAGGCGGAUCCUCCAAUGCGGAACGGCGAUAGAAUCAAGUUCUUGAUUACUGGCGCAGGUCAUAACGGUAUCCCCUCUGCCGUCCGCUUGAUUGGCGCGGGCUUCAAGCCUGAAGACAUCGUCCUCGUCGAUGUUGCUGGCGGCUAUGGAGGCACGUGGUACUGGAACCGCUACCCUGGGCUCAUGUGCGAUGUUGAAGGGUAUUGCUACCUGCCGUUGCUGGAAGAGACGGGCUACGUACCCAAGCACAAAUACUCAUACGGUGCUGAGAUACGGAAGAACACGGAACUGAUUGCGGAGCGUUGGGGACUUCGCGGCAUGUUCUCCACCAAAGUUGACCGUCAAGUUUGGGACAAUUCAAAGGACCAUUGGGUCGUUGAUUUGACUCAAUCAUUCGGCGACGUUCGUCCACCUACCAAGCUUACUGUGAAUGCCCAGUUUGUCUUCAUGGCAAGUGGUGUACUUUCCACCCCUAAGAUUCCUAAUGUACCUGGAUUUGAAGACUUCCGUAAACACGGUCAGACAUUCCACACCUCUCGAUGGGACUACAGAAUUACUGGCGGCACUCAAGAGCAACCUGAUAUGACCAAGCUCAAAGAUAAAAACGUCGCUAUUAUCGGUACAGGAGCAACGUCUGUCCAAGCUAUACCUGAGGUAGCGAAAUGGGCAAAGCACCUUUAUGUCAUCCAACGAACGCCCUCGUACUGUGGAGAACCAGAUGGGCCCGGCUGGCAAUACCGUAGAUCCAGAAACCUUAACACCUAUGUUAGUGCCAACCCGGAGCCCGUUGACUCUAUUAAUGAUGGCUGGACCCGCAACCAAGCGCGCUCCGUCAUCAUAGGGUCAGAUUCCUACAUUGUUGAACCUGGCAAAGAAAAGGAACACACUGCCAAAAUGCUUGCGAUUGAUCACCCUAUCGCAGAAGAGCUCCGCAGUCGUAUUGACAAGGUUGUCAAAGACCCUAAAGUGGCUGACAAACUAAAGCCCUGGUACCCUGGGUGGUGCAAGAGACCCACCUUCAACGACGACUAUCUUGAGUCUUACAAUCGCAGCAAUGUUACCUUGGUAGACACAGACGGUAAAGGAAUCCAGGGCUUUACGGAGCGCGGCGUGCUUGUUAAUGGAGAGGAACUCGACGUCAAUCUCCUUAUCCUAGGCACAGGCUUCGUGAGCCCUUUUGAGAUUACACCGAAUGCUCGUCAAGCCGCGCCCAUUAUCGGGCGAGGCGGCCGGCCUAUCGAAGACAAGUGGCGAGGUUCUGACUUUGGCACUUUGUUUGGAGUUGCUACACACGGCUUCCCCAACAUGUUUGCUUACCACCUUGCUGGCGCGGGCGUUUCGUACAACAUGACAUUCACGUAUGAUAUCAUCGCUCGUUUGACAGCCUAUAUCAUUGCCGAGGCAUCGCGCCAGUCUUCCGAUGCUGAGAAGCUCAUCAUUGAACCGUUGGAGGAUGGGGAACAAAAAUGGACUUCUGAAGUCGUAAAAAGGGCAGGGUGGUUUUCAGCUGCGGCCAUUUGCACACCUUCGUACUUUACAGCGGAGGGAGAUGCUACAAUCGAGCCCGCAUCACAAGAAGAGGCGCUUUUGAAGGCCAGAAAGGCUGGUUGGGGAGGUGGUGCACACGAUUACGGUCGCAUAGUAGACGCGUACAUCGCGAGGACGGAAAACAAGCUCGAGGGUUUCUUGGUUCAGGAAGUCAACACGAUGAAUGAGCCAUAA